CCAGUCGAUUGCUUCUAUUUCCGUGGUUGCGCCUGCCUGUCAACCACGAUUCAGCUCGUCCGGCCCGAACCUCCGCGAAGGCUAAUAAGUCAUUAGUCCGCCCGACGGCAGGGCCAAGGCUUCCAGCAUUCAGCUCUCGCGUGUACCUGAAGUACACGCGCUUUCCACCCCUCCGCCCUCCUCCUCCGCCGUCAUUCAUCAUGCGGAACUGCUUUGCCUGGAGGUGGAGGAAACCCGGCAGGUGAUGGCCUUUCCCGCGCCCUUCGACCCCUUCCUCGCCCUUGGUCUGGAGAGAGAUGCAUCGCCUGCGCUCAUCAAGUCGCGAUACUACGAGCUCGCGCGUCGCUACCACCCCAAUCGCAAUCAGAACACCGACGAGUCGAGAACGGCUACCCUUUCGGAGUAUUUCAACCACGUGCAUCAAGCAUGGGAGCUUUUGAAGGAGAGCCACAAGCGGCGGCGAUAUGUCGAGCUGCUCGGUCUUUAUGAUUUACACGAGACCAUCCUUGCCAGUGCGGCCGACUUGUUGGGGCAACACAGCCAUUGCCAACAUCCAGACAAUCGCCAUGUACCCAGCGAUGGGGAUGACGACGAUGUGCCGCGCUUUCCCGGCAUCGUCAAACGCUAUACCUUCGAGCAUGCACAGGAGCGAGCGGAUAAGCCGGACAGUCCUGCGGAGGAGCGCAAUGCUGAUCGUCCCACGCCAAAAGAGUGGGAAUCACAGUCAAGGAUAUCGCGGCUACAGAAAAGAGCGGAUUCAUCAGAUGGAAGCGACAAGAACGCUACGACGGAACGGCGGAAGAAAUACGAUCGAUUACGAAGGGAGGAACUCGCCGCAUUCAACACGUAUCGUGAUGCCAUGCUGGCGAAGUUUGAGGCGGAGGAAAAGGCGGAGAAAUGCAAAGAGCUGUAUGAAAUGGCAUCCUGGCGGCGCCAGUACUUUAUGACGGCUCCCAGGGAAACCUCUCAACGCUUACGCUUGCUCCGGCUCAUCAACAUCGCCACCAAAGCCUUCACCGCCCAGCAGGAACCGGUGAAGCGUCGGAAGGGCUCGACUGUCAGUGCGGAUGGCCAAACUCUAUCCACUGGAGAUCUUUUCCCCGGGAGUCAACAUCUGGGAAUCCCUUCGCGACAUAAAUCGGUUCGCCGACAACGAUAUAGCAACGACAUCAGCGUCGAUCAGACCAGCAGUGACGAGGACUACCUGAGCGACCAUCACACUUCACCCAGGAGACCGUCACGUGCCGUUUCGCCAGGGCCGAAUCACCAUCGGCAACGCAGUGGUGACUAUGUCGGCCUCACGCUUCAGACCGCACCUCGUAAGCUUGCAAAGCACGACCCCAUGUCUCCUAUUACUGGGUCCGGACCGAGGGUCAUUGUCAAAACGGCGAGCAACCUACACGACAUUCCAGAUGAGGCAGAGUCGGAUUCGCAGGCGGUGUCGCCGACCUCAAGAUCUAGAUCGCCCAUGUCGCCGGGGUCUGGGAGGGUUCAAUUCGAGCUGCUUCCUCACAUGAGCGCGGCCGAAUUAUUUGAAGACGCCACCGAAGACAGAGGCAGGCUUCCCAGUGUACACAAUCGUACAUCGCAGGCAAACGGCAGCCUUUCAGACGCGCCCGGCCCGCACCUGGAUUCGACGUUGUUCGAGAUCAAACAGAUUGGACAGCUUCAGCAUUCGGAGAUCAGCAAUGCGAAUGUGCACGAACUUCAAGCCGCAGAGAAGCAGCAGAUGUUGGGUGUUCCCCCGGACACUGACAGCUCACCAGUCGAGCUGCUCGCGGCCCUGGCCAAUUUGGACAAUGCGGUUGCUGCGAUGUUUACAGUCAAGCUCGAUGUGAAGAGGGAUUUCAAAUUCCGGCUCGUUUUUGACAAACCUGGCGUGACAGAACGGCAGCAUCAGUCCUUUCUCGCCCUCAGCUACCGACGCAAAUUACACGUCGAGAAACAUGACACCCACUAUACAUUGCCGCUUGAACCGGAAAUAUUCCAGGCGGUAUGGGACGAGCGCAAGUCUGCAGACGAAGGCGUCUGGAUUGAUCAGAUUUGUAUCGACCAAGACUCCGAAAGCGAAAAGACCAUCUCGAUGGCCGCCAUGGACAUGGUGUACCGCAGUGCACGCUUGGUCGUUGUCGUGUUGGACGAUAUCAUGCUGUCGAGACAAGAAGGACGAGUGCUGCGAGACCACAUGGAAGCCUUCGAAGAGCAAGUCAACGUGCCCCCCAACAAACGUUUCCGUCACCGCGCGCGGCCGUGGCUGGAGGCCCACGAUGAUUUGUAUCGGGUCAUUAGGAAGCUCUUGUCAUCGUCUUGGUUUGUUCGUGCGUGGUGUAGGCACGAGAUGCGGCUCGCGCGGCACCACAUCUUCCUCAUACCUUGUCGGGCUUCGAGUUCCCCAACAGGACCCGGUAUUGUCCGCUUUACUGGAUCCUGUCUGGCCCAUCUCCUGGCCCUCGCGACCGAAGUGGCUUUUGAACCAGCCAUCGAGGCGGUGAAGCCUGCAUUGUACGCUUUCUUCCGCGACCGCAGUAAGCCGUCGACCGAGGGCCACCUGCGAUCGCACCACGGCAACUUCACCACGGUGGUCGCCGAGGUCUUCGCCAUGGAGGCAGGAGGCGAUCCUCGCAUUCCCGAAGCACAACGGGCGGCCGAUGCGAGAAAGGAUCAGAUUUCGAUCAUCCUCAAUACCUUGGAGUGUGGGCUUGCUUUGCAUCCAAAGGCCAGAAACCCAGCAGUGAACCUUCCGCUUGCCGAAUGCCAGUACAUGCUCCUGCUGUUGGCACUUGCCGCCCGCGACCCGGGGGCUCUGUGCACCGUCGGUCACUCAUUCAGCAGCCUCCCAUACCGUCUCGGAUCCACCUGGAUGCUUCUCCCGACGACAGUCGACUCCGGUCUGAACAACUAUCGCACAUUAGACCGUCUUCCCGCACAGUAUCACGUCACGACGCACAUCAGAGACGACGAACACUUCGUCCAACUCGACCUGAAAUUCCUGACGACCAGCAAAAUCCUCCGAGCAGUCGACAUCCCGGAGAACCUGCAACUAGCCUACCGCUUCAUGGAGCGGUGCAAAGCGAUGAACUACGGCCGCAACCGCAAGCGCUACCUCCUCAACGACGCCAACGCGAACCACCUCUUCGGCUCCGUCCGCGACGUCUACGCCGAAACGCUGUCCAGCAUCUUCGAGUGCGGGCCCGACUGGCUGAGCGACGUGUGCCAGCGUUACGGCGUCAGCGGCACCAAGCACAACCUGCAAGCCGCGUAUGAUCUGCUGAUUGCGUUCAUGAACACCUGCGGCCGCUGGCCCGAGGCCGCGUGGACGGACAGGGCGGCCACGUUCCUUAUGGAUUUUGUCAAUUUCCUCGUCAUUCGCGGCAUGCCGCAACGCCAGCUCAUGCGGCCGCAGGCGUGGCGCCCCAUCUGCGUGCACACCGCCGAGGGCGGCAAGGUGCUGACUUUUAUCCCGCCGGGAGAGAUUCGCGUCGCCAUGCCGGCGGCGCUGAUGGAUGCGGAUUACUUGCAUUUGGCGCGGCUGUGGAUUCUGGAGCCGAGGGAUGAGUACAAUGAGGAUACGCUGCCGCAUCAUCACGAGUGGACGUUGUUGGGGAAGUCGGUUCUCUUUGCGGACGAGAUGGCGAUGGAGCUGCUCUCUCACGAUAAUGGGAACGUUCGAGGGGGGAUGAGGGUCUUCGGGCGGAUGAAGUGAAGGCCAUGUAGUGCAGAUCGAUGAUUUGGUAUGCAAUGUGGAGGCAUGCUACCAUCUGUGUUGUGGCGUGAGAAGAGCCAGAUUGGUUUGAGAUAUCAGAGCGGUUCAGCGCGGCGUUUGGGAUGGGGAGACGAGCAAACAGAUGAUUCACUUUACUACCUUAGACGAAGGCCAACAGAUCGAAACCCAAGUGCCCUUUCUGUAAA